UGGCGUAUUUCGCCAUAGAGCAGCAGAAUAGUUUCAAAAUAUAUUUCAAAUUCAAUUUAUAAGUUUUAACAUUUUAAUUAAUUAAUUAUUUUUCAAGUGCUCGGGAAUUUAAAAGUGACUAAUAACGGAAAAAGUUUUAUUGUUUAUUUUCUUUUACUUUUUUUUUUUUUUGCUUUUGAUCUUUUUUUCCUCUUUGCGGGCUUAUUUUGAUCAUGUAUAUCAGUGACAUAAUCUAUUUAAUUUUUUUAAUGAUUUUAUUUCUUAUAAUAAUUUACAAAGGUUUUCAUUUUGGCGCCACGGUUAAUACCGAUAGGAGUCACAAUUUUAACACCAUACGUGAUACGUUAUAUGGACGAGACCGUCAAGGCAACGUUUUUACGAUACAUGACGAAAAUAAUCAAGUGAAUCGAUACAACGAUAUUUUUUACAUAGAAACGAACAAUGCAGAUGCAGCCCGUGCACGUGCUCAACUUGAGAAAGAUGAUAAAGAUUUGCCCACUUAUGAGGAGGUAAUGCGUAUCACAUCUGCUGCAAACAGUGCAUCUACUUCCAUAAUGGCUGCGACUUCUACCUCAAAUGUGAAUACCACAAAUACCAUAGAUUCUACCCUAGCAUUGCCACCGUAUUCGGCUAUAUUUUGCAAUGACCGGACCGGAGCGGUUAAUAGUUGCGAAAGAUCAGCGGCAUUAUCUUCACCAAAUGUUGCUUCAACAUCAACGGAGCAUACCACAAUUGCAUUAUCAUCAUCGUUAGGCUUUUCAAAUACCAUCUCCACGCAGACACAGACGGCGGCGCCACCAUCCUCAUCAUCAAAUGUAUAACGGCGUACUAAUGAUAAGAACGCACUUGGUUUUACGUAAUGUGUGUUCGAGUAUAUAUAUAUAUAUAUAGAUAUAUACC